GAUAAGCAUUGAUCGAUGUCAAAAAUAUUUGACAAUACUUUGCAAAAUUAGUCAAAAUAUUGAAAAUCCCAAUAUUUCGAUCACGUUUUUUAUGAGAUUUUGAAAAGAAAGUCGUGUAUAAUAGAAGCAGAGGAACAAAGUUGUAAAAAAUUCUCAGUUGCAGUGAUUUCAAGGAAUUAUCAAUGACUACUAUAUCUGCAGUACCAUUAAAGUCGAAUUUUGUAAAUAUUCAUUCCUAAAAGUAUCGCAUGUUUCUGUUGCAUGGAUAAGUUCAGCAAAUUAUAUAAUUUGCAUGAAAUACAUGUUUACACUGUAUUAUGCAGCUUAGUGCAGAUUAUCUAAAACCGUAGUUUUUGGACGCAACUAUGUACGGAAACGAUGUUUUCUGGAAAAAUUCGAUCCUAUCUCAAUUGCAAGAAAGAAAUAGGAGGGAAACGGAUUUAUUUCAAGAUUUAGUGAACGAACACAACAAAUUAUUUGAAAAUUACAACACGCUGCACACGGAAAACAUCCAAUUAUCGAUCCAAAUCGAAAAAUUGAAAGGCGGGGGCGGUUUGGGAUCGAAAAGUUCGAGUUUAGGCGACAUCCGGUACCAGGAAAAAAUCCAACAGCUCGAACGGAAACUUUUAGCGCAAGCGGAAGAACUGACGGAACUGCAUAGGAGGAAAGGGGAAAACGCGCAGCAAAUAAUCGAUUUGAACGUAGCGGUGCAGGAGAAGGAGAAAAAAAUAGCGUCCAAAGACGCGAUUUUGGCGGAAAACGCGGCGACGAUAAUGAAAUUGCAAACGGAAGCGGAAAAUUUGGAAAAAUCGAAAAGCGAAGUUUUGUAUUUAUUGGGCACCCUAAGGGACGAACACCAAUCCCUCCAAUUGUUGUUCUCUUCGUUGGAGGAGAAAUUGAGGAAAGCCCAAGAUGAAAAUCGCCAAUUGGUGGAAAGAUUGAUAAAAUAUAAAGCGAAAGACGCCGAUCGGAUGAACGAGGAAAACGACAAUUUCCUGAAAAAGCGCUACGCCAAGAUACAAAAGGAAAUCGAGGAGGCGUGCAAGGACGCGAGGAAUUCCCCGGAGGAGUUGACCGAAGGGUGCGGCCCGUUGGGCGCGUCGAACCUGCCGGCGUGCGCCAGCGUCAAAUUCGACGCGCACGAAGGCGAAGUGAGCGCCGUGAAGUGGAGCCCGUUGGAGAGGUUGCUGGCGACGGGGGGCGCCGAUCGAAAAAUCAAACUGUGGGAAAUUUCGAAAAAUUGCCGCGAGAAAAAAGCCACUUUGGUCGGUAGCAACGCUGGCGUGAUGGCGAUCGACUUCGAUUCGACGGGAUCUUUGAUAUUGGGAGCGUCGAACGAUUACGCGACCAGAGUUUGGACGAUCGCCGAUCACCGAUUGAAGCACACGUUAACCGGCCAUUCCGGCAAAGUGAUGGCGGCGAAAUUUUUGGGGGAGGCGUCGAAAGUGGUGACCGGAAGUCACGAUCGCACCUUGAAAAUAUGGGAUUUGCGCAGUCGCGCCUGCAUCGAAACGAAAUUCGCCGGUUCGAGCUGCAACGAUUUGGUGACGGUGGAUAGCGCCGGUUCGAUCAUAAUCAGCGGUCAUUUCGAUAAGAGCAUCCGGUUCUGGGACUGCCGGUCCGAAUCGAGCGCCAACAACGUGGUUCUUAACGGUAAAGUGACGUCUCUCGAUCUGACCAAAGACGCCAAAUAUCUAGUUUGUUGCGUGAGGGACGAUACGUUGAAAUUGCUCGAUUUGAGGAUGAAUCAAGUGGUGACUUUGUUCGCUUGCGACGGUUUUAAAGUCGGUUGCGAUUAUUCGAGGGCGACUUUUAGUCCGGACGGUCAAUACGUCGCCGUCGGUUCGGCGGACGGUGGCGUUUAUAUUUGGGGCGUGAAUAGCGCCAAAGUCGAAACUAUACUCAAGGAACACGGUGCGGCGGUAACGGCUACGUCUUGGAAUCCGUUCGGAAAUUUUUUGGCCACCGUCGAUAGGUCUAGGAGGGCGGUCAUUUGGUCGGAUAUUUGAUUCGAUGUCUGAUCGACCACAUCUUAUUUCCUUUUUAUCUAUUUCGAUUCGAAAUAUUACACUUUUUCGCCGAUAAUUUUUCUUGUUCGAUCGAUCGAUUUUUUCCGUUUAAACUUUUUUUUUUUUUUUUUUUUUGUUUGUCGUUGGUAUAUAUGGAGAUUUCUUAUGGUUUUUAUCAACUUUUUCUUCGGUACUUCUCAAUCCGUCCGGUUGGAAAUCGUUGAAACACGCCAAUUUGGCGUUUUCGAAUUCUUAACAUCCAUUUAUCGACGUUCCAAUUGUCGGAAAUAAAUAUUUCCGGUUUUAUCGAUAAUUGAAUCGGCGAAUUUCCGGUUUUUUUCGACUAAAUUUUCAAUUUGCGCGAAUCAAAUCACCAAAAACACGCUAAUUUAGCGUUUUCAUAGUCGUAGGAUCCAUUCAUCGACGUCAUAAAUGUCUGAAGUGGCCAUUUCCGGUUUUAUCGAUAAUUCAAUCGGCGAAUUUCCGGUUUUUUCGACUAAAUUUUCAAUUUGCGCGAAUCAAAUCACCGAAAACACGCUAAUUUAGCGUUUUCAUAGUCGUAGGAUCCAUUCAUCGACGUCAUAAAUGUCUGAAGUGGCCAUUUCCGGUUUUAUCGAUAAUUCAAUCGGCGAAUUUCCGGUUUUUUCGACUAAAUUUUCAAUUUGCGCGAAUCAAAUCACCAACAACACGCUAAUUUGGCGUUUUCGAAUUCUUAACAUCCAUUUAUCGACGUUCCAAUUGUCGGAAAUGAAUAUUUCCAGUUUUAUCGAUAAUUGAAUCGGCGAAUUUCCGGUUUUUUCGACUAAAUUUUCAAUUUGCGCGAAUCAAAUCACCAAAAACACGCCAAUUUAGCGUUUUCAUAGUCGUAGGAUCCAUUCAUCGACGUCAUAAAUGUCUGAAAUGGCCAUUUCCGGUUUUAUCGAUAAUUCAAUCGGCGAAUUUCCGGUUUUUUCGACUAAAUUUUCAAUUUGCGCGACUCAAAUCAUCAAAAACACGCUAAUUUGGCGUUUUCGAAUUCUUAACAUCCAUUUAUCGACGUUCCAAUUGUCGGAAAUAAAUAUUUCCGGUUUUAUCGAUAAUUGAAUCGGCGAAUUUCCGGUUUUUUUCGACUAAAUUUUCAAUUUGCGCGAAUCAAAUCACCAAAAACACGCUAAUUUAGCGUUUUCAUAGUCGUAGGAUCCAUUCAUCGACGUCAUAAAUGUCUGAAGUGGCCAUUUCCGGUUUUAUCGAUAAUUCAAUCGGCGAAUUUCCGGUUUUUUCGACUAAAUUUUCAAUUUGCGCGAAUCAAAUCACCAACAACACGCUAAUUUGGCGUUUUCGAAUUCUUAACAUCCAUUUAUCGACGUUCCAAUUGUCGGAAAUGAAUAUUUCCAGUUUUAUCGAUAAUUGAAUCGGCGAAUUUCCGGUUUUUUUCGACUAAAUUUUCAAUUUGCGCGAAUCAAAUCACCAAAAACACGCUAAUUUAGCGUUUUCAUAGUCGUAGGAUCCAUUCAUCGACGUCAUAAAUGUCUGAAGUGGCCAUUUCCGGUUUUAUCGAUAAUUCAAUCGGCGAAUUUCCGGUUUUUUCGACUAAAUUUUCAAUUUGCGCGAAUCAAAUCACCAACAACACGCUAAUUUGGCGUUUUCGAAUUCUUAACAUCCAUUUAUCGACGUUCCAAUUGUCGGAAAUGAAUAUUUCCAGUUUUAUCGAUAAUUGAAUCGGCGAAUUUCCGGUUUUUUCGACUAAAUUUUCAAUUUACGCGAAUCAAAUAAUCAAAAACACGCUAAUUUAGCGUUUUCAUAGUCGUAGGAUCCAUUCAUCGACGUCAUAAAUGUCUGAAGUGGCCAUUUCCGGUUUUAUCGAUAAUUGAAUCGGCGAAUUUCCGGUUUUUUCGACUAAAUUUUCAAAUUGCGCGAAUCAAAUCACCAAAAACACGCUAAUUUAGCGUUUUCAUAGUCGUAGAAUCCAUUCAUCGACGUCAUAAAUGUCUGAAAUGGCCAUUUCCGGUUUUAUCGAUAAUUGAAUCGGCGAAUUUCCGAUUUUUUCGACUAAAUUUUCAAAUUGCGCGAAUCAAAUCACCGAAAACACGCUAAUUUAGCGUUUUCAUAGUCGUAGAAUCCAUUCAUCGACGUCAUAAAUGUCUGAAAUGGCCAUUUCCGGUUUUAUCGAUAAUUGAAUCGGCGAAUUUCCGGUUUUUUCGACUAAAUUUUCAAAUUGCGCGAAUCAAAUCACCAAAAACACGCUAAUUUAGCGUUUUCAUAGUCGUAGAAUCCAUUCAUCGACGUCAUAAAUGUCUGAAAUGGCCAUUUCCGGUUUUAUCGAUAAUUGAAUCGGCGAAUUUCCGGUUUUUUCGACUAAAUUUUCAAAUUGCGCGAAUCAAAUCACCAAAAACACGCUAAUUUAGCGUUUUCAUAGUCGUAGAAUCCAUUCAUCGACGUCAUAAAUGUCUGAAAUGGCCAUUUCCGGUUUUAUCGAUAAUUGAAUCGGCGAAUUUCCGGUUUUUUCGACUAAAUUUUCAAUUUGCGCGAAUCAAAUCACCGAAAACACGCUAAUUUAGCGUUUUCAUAGUCGUAGGAUCCAUUCAUCGACGUCAUAAAUGUCUGAAGUGGCCAUUUCCGGUUUUAUCGAUAAUUCAAUCGGCGAAUUUCCGGUUUUUUCGACUAAAUUUUCAAAUUGCGCGAAUCAAAUCACCAAAAACACGCUAAUUUGGCGUUUUCGAAUUCUUAACAUCCAUUUAUCGACGUUCCAAUUGUCGGAAAUGAAUAUUUCCAGUUUUAUCGAUAAUUGAAUCGGCGAAUUUCCGGUUUUUUCGACUAAAUUUUCAAUUUACGCGAAUCAAAUAAUCAAAAACACGCUAAUUUAGCGUUUUCAUAGUCGUAGGAUCCAUUCAUCGACGUCAUAAAUGUCUGAAGUGGCCAUUUCCGGUUUUAUCGAUAAUUGAAUCGGCGAAUUUCCGGUUUUUUCGACUAAAUUUUCAAUUUGCGCGAAUCAAAUCACCAACAACACGCUAAUUUGGAGUUUUCGAAUUCUUAACAUCCAUUUAUCGACGUUCCAAUUGUCGGAAAUGAAUAUUUCCAGUUUUAUCGAUAAUUGAAUCGGCGAAUUUCCGGUUUUUUCGACUAAAUUUUCAAUUUACGCGAAUCAAAUAAUCAAAAACACGCUAAUUUAGCGUUUUCAUAGUCGUAGGAUCCAUUCAUCGACGUCAUAAAUGUCUGAAGUGGCCAUUUCCGGUUUUAUCGAUAAUUGAAUCGGCGAAUUUCCGGUUUUUUUCGACUAAAUUUUCAAUUUGCGCGAAUCAAAUCACCAAAAACACGCUAAUUUAGCGUUUUCAUAGUCGUAGGAUCCAUUCAUCGACGUCAUAAAUGUCUGAAGUGGCCAUUUCCGGUUUUAUCGAUAAUUCAAUCGGCGAAUUUCCGGUUUUUUCGACUAAAUUUUCAAUUUGCGCGAAUCAAAUCACCAACAACACGCUAAUUUGGCGUUUUCGAAUUCUUAACAUCCAUUUAUCGACGUUCCAAUUGUCGGAAAUGAAUAUUUCCAGUUUUAUCGAUAAUUGAAUCGGCGAAUUUCCGGUUUUUUCGACUAAAUUUUCAAUUUGCGCGAAUCAAAUCACCGAAAACACGCUAAUUUAGCGUUUUCAUAGUCGUAGAAUCCAUUCAUCGACGUCAUAAAUGUCUGAAAUGGCCAUUUCCGGUUUUAUCGAUAAUUGAAUCGGCGAAUUUCCGGUUUUUUCGACUAAAUUUUCAAUUUGCGCGAAUCAAAUCACCGAAAACACGCUAAUUUAGCGUUUUCAUAGUCGUAGGAUCCAUUCAUCGACGUCAUAAAUGUCUGAAAUAGCCAUUUCCGGUUUUAUCGAUAAUUGAAUCGGCGAAUUUCCGGUUUUUUUCGACUAAAUUUUCAAUUUGCGCGAAUCAAAUCACCAAAAACACGCUAAUUUAGCGUUUUCAUAGUCGUAGAAUCCAUUUAUCGACGUCAUAGGUAGAUUAAAAUAUUCUAAACUUACUUAAAGUAAACCUAACCUAAAAAUAGAUACGUUCUUCGUUCUUAACAACAUCAACAAGAGAAAGUUCCCAAUGGGGACUUAAAUAAAAAGGAGAAUAACGAUUAUUUCUGACUUUUUUCUUACUCAACCACUUUUUACUUUUCGAUAAAACCCCAUUCUGCCAAAAAUAGCGCCCCUGAACAGGAACUACUAAUUUCCGACAUCUGAGACGUCAAUAAAUGGAUUGUACCACUUCAAAAACGCUAAAACAACGUGUAUACGAAGUAUAUUUUACGUUUACAAUUAAAAAUAUUAAUCAAUAUUGAGUAUUCCUCUUUCUAACCCUUACAAUCACCCCAAAUUUUACUAAUUCAACUUUAAAAAUCUAUCAAAUCCCUUUAUAAGAGCUUCAACUAUUAGAAUCAAAUCCGAUCGAAUUUUCGCACAAAUCAUAUAUUCUUAUCCACCCUGUACGUCUAACCUGUUUUCUAACACGGAUGUUUACUGUGAAAGCGAUGUUGCCUUGUGAGUCGUGGUUCCGUUAAAAAUAAAUGUGAUUUGUAGUGACCCCUGUACGUCAAAACGCGAACUUACCGAUCGUAUAUAUUAUUGUAUAUUGUUUGAACUGAAAUAUGUUUCUUCUCUAUUGUUGAUUUUUGUUAAUGUAUAAUUCAAUAUUUGUAAAAUAAAUAUGAUAUUAAAACGU